AUGUUAAAAUUUGAGAGAUAUAUAAACAGUUUAACUGGUAGAACUUAUUAUAAAUGGAAUGAAUUACAACGGUUACCUAAAAUCUUAGCAACUCAUGGUUAUUUCAAUCAGUUACCAAAAUCUCUUGGUCAGUGUGAUAUCACAACUUUCACUCUUGGUACUGGCACGCAUAUAAUCUCUUGUGCGAUCAGAGGAGGUGGAAGUUUAGCAGUGUUUCAAUAUAUUUUAGAUUACUUUCGAUAUGGUAGUAAUAGAACAGACGUUUUAAACAAUCUAUUGAAAGAAUCAUCAGAGUACGGUAGAUUCGAUAUAAUUCAAUAUCUAUUGGAAAGAUUCAAUACUACCAAGUGGGAUAUGGUGAAAGCGAUGAAGUAUGCACCGUUUUCAGGUGAUUUACAGUUAAUGCAAUUCUUCUUUGACAAGAUUGAUUAUGACAAUUGUGAAGAUAUCUCGAAAGUCUAUGGUAAAUCAUUCAAUAGUGCAGCACAUGUCGGUAGAAUCGAUUUGAUAAAAUGGUUGGUCGAGAACAGACCACAGGAGUUACCGUAUACCCAGAUGUAUCUUUCAGCAAUAUCCUAUAAUCAACUACCGGUAUUAGAAUACCUUUUGUUAGAACACAGAGAUCUUUUGGAUACUGGAAAUGAAGAGUAUCUAAGGAAUGCUGCUAACCUAGAGACUGGUAUUGAGAUAUUCAAAGUUCUUUACCAACUUGGAUGUAAAUGUCCUCCUAUAGUGAUGUCUUUGGCAGCUGAAGCAGGUAACCUGGAAUUAGUUCAAUGGAUUCAUCAAAAUACUACUUAUAUAUGUAUGUCAUCGACUGUCGAUGCAGCUGCCACCAAUGGUCAUCAAGAAGUUACUCUUUGGCUACUCAAGAAUAGAACUGAUGUAUGGUAUUCCGAUAAGACAUUAGGUAUUGCUGUUUCAAAAGGAGAUGUUAAUACGAUGGAAUGGCUAUUGGAAAACACUACUCAUUCGUUGACAAAAAGCAUGAACAAAACUGCUCCUCUUAACAUUGUGAUAUCUCUCCAUGAGAGAAACUCUCUCCGGAAGACUAGACGUUGUAAAAUGGUUGCAUGA